UCUCUCUCUCGCGCUGGAAAAGUCUCCAUUUUUACCGGGAAAAGUCUCCAUUUUUGUAGGAAAAAGUUUUCAUAUUUCAGCUGGACUCCCUCUCGUUCUCGUCGGACUCUCUCUCACUUUACCCCAGAAAAGGUCUCCAUUUUCGCCGGGAAAUCUCUCCCUCGCAGGAAAAUCUCACCCUCACCGGAAAAUUGUUUUUUUGUUGGUUGAAAAGCAGGACUAUGGAUUCUAUGGUGGCGGUGGAGGGGGCCAAGGGUCAAGGAUGUAUAGGAAUGAGCUAUUGGAGCCUUCAACGCCUCCAGGUAAUUCGCGGGCGAGGAAGAAUGGUGAAAGCUCCCUAGUGAGUUCAAUCCUGGACUCUUGGAUCUGCAUUCUUUCGAUACCGAGCUUCUUCUCGAGAAGCUUUGAUGACUCCAAGCCCUACAUUUCAGACAACAAACAAACCGGCAGAACUCGUGGUUUGCCAGAAAACAACCUAUUGAAAAGCUUUGCUGCGGAUAAAGAGAAAUCUAGUUCUCUAGCAAAGAUAAAAGUUGUGGUGCGCAAGAGACCACUUAAUAAGAAUGAAUUAGCAAAGAAUGAAUUGGUUUGAGGGUUUUUGGUGGUGAUUUUCUUGGUUCUUAUUGUUGGAUGUUUCUGAUUGUGGGAUUUGAUCAGUUGGGUGGUAGAAGAUUACAGUACACCCAUUUCCAUGGUGGUUUGUUUCAAUUAGGUGUCACUAUCUGCGUACUAGAUGAUCAUCAGGUUGAAUUACAGAAUUAUGAGUAGCCUGUAGUUCUAUUAUGGUCAAAAUGACAAUUUUUUACAUCAAUUUAUUCAAUUUUGCCAACUAUUUAUUAUUGUAUGUAUUUUCUUACAAGGCAAACU